AUGGGUACCCUUUCCCGGUUAAUGAGUUCAAUUAAGGGGACACCUAUCGGCCUUGGAUUCUCCAAUCUGGAUUUGAAAGUAGAAAAGCUGAAGGCGUUGAAAAGAAUAGUCGAUUCAUUAUGGAAGCCAACAGAUGAUAUGAUUUUAGAUCCAGAACAUUGUCAGAAAGAACUGUGA